AAUUAAAAAGCAGCAUCUCCCUAACAAAAAUAUCCCCCGUCCCAUUUCUUUCCAAAACUCGAUCUUAAAUAGAAACUCUCAACAACCUUUCAUCAAAAUCAAACACCACCAUGCCUCCCUCCUCUGAUCCCUACCGCCGCAACCACAAUCAUGUAAUUGCACAGCCACAGCCGCCGCCCCCAAAAUCCAAUCCAAAGCUUCUCUCUCUCAUCAUCAAAGUCCUGGUUAUGACCUCCAUAACCUCCCUCUUCUUCCUCUUCGUCGGCCUGGCUGCCAUCGUCCUCUUCCUCUUCCUCGCCGCCGGCGCUCUACACCGCCGCCGUGCCCAAUCCCCCCUCCCCUCAUCUGGGUUUUCCUCCAGACACCUCAAGGCCCUCCCCCAGUUCCGCUUCAGAGCCCAGCCCCAAUCCGAAACGACGUCGUCCUCGCCGCCGCAGACGGACUGCGUCGUUUGCCUGGACGCGUUUCGCGAUGGGCAGUGGUGCAGGAAACUCGCUGCGUGUAACCACGUGUUCCAUAGGCGGUGCUUGGACACGUGGCUGGUGAAGGUGUCCGCUUGCCCGAUUUGCCGUACACGUGUGCGGUUAGAUUCUGGGGAGGCGGACGCGGUGGUUGGUUUGGAUGGAGAAGAAGAGGCCAAGUACUUGUGGAAUUUUAAUAGGAACAGUAAUGAUUUGAGGGUGAGGGUUUGGUAGGACUUGCGAUGUAAGUUGUGCAUAUUUUGUAACAUGCUUUUAAGUUUAGCCUUUUACUUAAGUUUUCUUUUUACUUUCAGUUUUCUAAUGCAUAAUAGAUGACCUUUGUUAUUUUCUCUUGUGUUCUGUUUGUUUGCCAAGAAAAUUUGAAGAAAUGGUACAUUGGUUUGUUGGAUUAUGGAGGAAUUUGAGUGAAUCAAUGGUAACAUAAGAUACAUUGUUCCA